GGCUUGCGUGUCAGUCGCCUUUGGAGGAGCCGCCGCUGAGGAAGGCCGGAGGGAAAGAGCGAUCUUGUUGUGUCCUGCAGAGAAAGACUGCUGUGCGAAGGCUGUUCAGCGAAGAGGUGCCGGAAGCAGCCUUUCUGAUUCCGUUCUCAACCAUCCCCGUGUUUCUUUGACAGAGCCCCUGGGGAAUGCAAGCACCAAGUGCCGAUGAAGCUGCCCACAAAGAGCGGGUGCAGGAGGCCAUCCGGAAGGGUCUCUUGGCUGCCGACCUGAAGUGCAGCUUCUUUGUCUCCGCUCUGCAGAGCUACAAGCGGGAUUCGGUCCUCCGGCCCUUCCCGGGACUUUAUGCCACUGAGGAGAACAAGGAUUUUGAGGCAUUGCUUGCAGACACAAAUGCGCUUGGCAGCCUGGAGGAACUCCUUGCCUCGGGCCAAGACGUGGACCAAAGGGCCUGGGAGCUGCUGGCCUGGGUUUUAUCUUCCAAGGUCUUGUGCAUACAGAGUAGCAGCAAGCAAGAGUAUAAGAAGAUAGAAGAGCUCACGGGAGCGCCCAGCGUCCCAGUGCCUGCGCCCGACUUCCUCUUUGAAGUCACCUAUUGCAACCAAAUGAACGCCAAGUUCGAGGAGACCAGGGCGGGGAGAGGCCUCAUCUAUGCCUUCCACGGGAGCCACCUGGAGAACUUCCACUCCAUCGUGCACAACGGGCUGCAUUGCCACUUAAACCGGACCUCCCUGUUCGGGGAAGGCACUUACCUGACCAGCGACCUGAGCCUCGCCCUUCUCUAUAGCCCCCACGGUCUCGGUUGGCAGCGAAGCGUAAUGGGCCCGAUUCUUAGCUGCGUUGCUGUUUGUGAAAUCAUCGACCAUCCAGAUGUGAAGUGCCAAGCCAAGAAGAAAGACUCGAAGGAAAUCGACAAGAAGCGAGCCAGGGUGAAGAACAGCGAAGGGGGCGACGUUCCUCAGAAAUACUUCGUUGUUACCAACAACCAGCUGAUUCGCGUGAAAUACUUGCUUGUCUACUCACAGAAGCAGCACCGGAGCUCUGCUGGUCAGUCCUGGCUCUCCAAGCAUCGCUUUGCUGUGAUAAUGAUCCUCUACUUGCUGCUGCUGAUAAUCAUAGGGGCUAGCAACUCUCCGGCUUUCCUCUAUUACCGGAACAGGCUUUUUGACUCGAAGUGGUGAACAGGCAGGCUCAGCUGGCAGUGCAGCCUACCUCACCUGAUGCCUUAACGGGGAGAGCUCCGAUGUCUUCUGGAAACCCAUCAGCCCCCAGACCUCUGGAGACGGCCCCGGGGACGGAUGGGUGGAGUGGUGGAGACGGACUCUUCUCUGGUGCCUUUAUCCUCCCAGUACACCUUACCUUUUUACCGGCUUUUCUUUUCAAGCAUCUGGUUCAGGAGCCUCUCCUCCCCGGCCUUGGUAAGGAGGGCACGGGGCACUGCAGGGACACCCUGGAGGGAAGAUGCUGGGAGAAAACGCGGCAGGCCGGUGGCCAGGGGCGCUUCCGGGGAGACUUGCUGCACCUCGGCCUUUUCUCACGCCCUGCAAAUCGGGGCGAAGUCCUUCGCCUUGUACCUCUCACAGUGCUUUCGUACUCCUUCCGGAUUUGGGCAUGCGGAAGAUAUUUGCCGAAGCACGUUGUUAAAAUGUGCUGUCGAUGCAUACCCGCGCACGAACGGGCAGGUGGCCCCGUGCCCUUUAAAAUCUGCUUUGCAGCAGGUGUCUUUUCUAUGGCCAAGCCGACCUGACUGGAAAGCCAGACAUGCCGCUUGGGCUCCUGGCGUGCCCGGCUUGUCUGUCCGUGAAGUCGGCCGUUCCGCUCCGCAGUUUGCUUGGCUUAUCCAGCCCGCACCCCUUCCUCAAAGGGGGAGACCAAAGAUUGGGAAGAUGCGCGCAGCAGCAAGAUCUGCGCUCGCACGGCAACUGUGCCCAACGCGAGGGGAGGGCAAGUGCGUGGCAUCCGUGUGACUCUUUCGAACUUGCUCCAGCCGUGUGGCCGGGCAUGAAGUGUAAGGCGGCCGCUUACUCCACCCUCUGCCAACUGGUGCUCUCCAGUGGGGCUGGACUGCAGCACCCACCCUCUGGCUGGCUGGGAUGACGGGGGCCCAGUCCAGCCCACUUGGAAGGCACCAGCUUGACGAAGUCCUGUGCAUGCGCUCCCCUUUGCUGCAGGAAGAGGCAGAUCAGCUUGCGUGCCUUCAGAGGGGCAUCUUCUUGCCACUGCCCUGCAGGAGGGGACGGCAGCCUAGAAGCCCGCGAGGUCAGGGCUCAGCUCAGUGGCGAAGGAAGCCACCUGUGUGCAGGGGCACAGGACCCCCAACGUCCUUGUGGCUAACAGAUCGUUGGGGGCAAGGUGCCAAGAACUGGGGAAAGCUACGAAAGAGCUUUAUCUUCCGAGGAAAGCACAAUGUUUGGAGGAUAAGCUUGGAAUGGUGACCUUCCUUCUGUGGCUGGAAGAGAGUAAAUUUUCACCGAUCAGGUUUUUUGCCAGCAUCUCCCUUCUCCAGUCUUCUUGUGCCCCCAACCCAAGAAUCUGCCCCUGCGGACUCCGGGAUACCGUGUGCGGGGCGGUGGGUCUAGGUGAAGGGAGGAAUUGCUGGAAGUACCCCUUUCUGUAAGUGAACAGGAUCUUGGAUCCAAGCCAUGACCCUCUUUUAUAAUGUAUCCUUUAGGAAUGCUGUUUGUCAUAAUUCAUGGCACAUCAUCUAACUGGGAAUCAAGUUGGGGGGAAAUAAAUAAGGAAACAGUCCUCUUAAGUUUUCUCGCAGAGCCUAACGCUGGGGCUAGGUGUCCUUUGUUGUGCUACUUGUCUGGGAAAGAACCAAGCGGAUCCUUGCUGGAAAAGGUGGGUUUCCCUCCCCUCCCCACACCUCAGGCCUUCUGCAGGUGAACUGCUGCAAACUCCAGGUCCCCUUUUCUAAAGUGGGGAUGCCGGUGGCCUACCUCGCAAACUUGUUGUGAAGGCAAUCGCAAUAAUGACUGUCAAGCACUUUGAACAUUAAAGUCGCUAUGUGCGUGGGAA